AUGAUCUGGGAAUGGUGUCCCGUCCCCACAGACUGGGUUGCCUCGAUCGUGUGGGAUCUUCACUUGCACGCUCACGAAGCCCGCGUAGACGUGGACCGCACAAUCGAGUUUGGCUUCGGCGCCAUCGCCCGGCGGAAGCAGAUUAUGGCCUUGCUACGGUUCGAUCCCAGAGCCCACGACUUCAUCCAUAAGAGAUACACUCCCGUGAACAUCAUGGACCAGCUACCCCGCGAACGCGAGGCAAAGAUCGUGGAGCACUGGGUAUAUCCCGAGAUCGACGUGUUCAGGUUCGCUACAGCCGAUUGGUCGAAGGACAUAAUCCAAGCCCUCGUAUGCCUCCCCGCACUCAAGAGGGUCUUCCUCGCCUUUGAACCCAUAUGCUGGUUUCAUGCUCUUGAGCAGCCUCGUUUAGAGCUGCAGCGAGCGAUCACCUUCUGGUCUAAAUCCAUAAUCCAACACUCUGACAUCCUGGGACGCGAAACGACGAGAGAGAAGAUGUGGUUCCUGGAACAGGCUGUUGGCGAUGGAGUGCAAAAGUACACCCAGAGCCUCAGCGACAUGAAUGAUCUGGACUGGCAUAGGGUCUCCUGGGUGCUCCGCCUCGCUUCGAGCCAUCUCGAGGCCCGGGGUUUUGGCUUCUUUUUCGUUACGGACAAGUUGUUCAGCGCCGGGCGAGAUACCCUAAAUACUCGUUCUAUCAGCAUCCCCAGGACGAGAAGUCUUAAAGUCGGACGAGGAUCUCAUUUGGAGUCUACUUACCCUUCAGGUUUCUGCCUCCACAACCCUCAGAAGGAAGGCCUAAAGGAGUGA